AUGUGUGGAAGAUUUGCAAUGGGAAUUGUAUGUAUUUACCAACUCAAUUGGAUUAGUACUAACUCAUCCAGGAUGUUUCAUCAAUUCCACAAGAAUUUAAUCAAACUGUAUUACACAACGAUCAAGAACCAAAUGAACAGAAUCGUGGGGUUUACGACUAUGAAGUAGAUAAAGAAAACGUUCAACUCGAUACAAAUAAUGUAAUUGAUUGGGAACCAUCAUUCAAUAUAGCACCUACGAAUACAGCACUUAUAAUCUACAUGGUCCAACCACCAAAAGGAGUAGCUUAUAAAUACAUUGUCGAAAGUUCAAAAUUCGGCUUAGUUCCAACUUGGGCAAAACCAACAGAUUCAACACCCAAAGGAGCAAAUUCAGACAGUCCAGGUCAACCGUAUUCUAAAGAAUUGGGAAAACAUCAAAGUAAAUGGUUUAAUUGUCGUCGUGAAUCAUUAUCUCAACAUCAAUCAGUAUGGAAUGCAAGUAAAAAACAUAGAUGUGUUAUUCCAAUUAUGGGAUAUUUUGAGUGGUUAAAAGCUAAAAAUGAUAAGAUUCCAUAUUAUCUUCAUUCGGAAAAGUCAGAUUUGGUUUACCUUGCUGGUUUUUAUUCCCAUAAUACAAAUUAUGAUGAUUUCAAGAAUAUAAAUGGGGAAUAUUUAAGUACAUUUACAAUUAUAACUGCUCCAGCUAUCAAAAAUGAUUCAAAAGAUUUGAGCUGGUUACAUUCUAGAAAACCAAUGAUGCUUGAACCGGGAUCAAGUGAGUGGUUUGAUUGGUUGAAUCCAAAUAAUGAAUGGGAUGACGCACUAAUUGAGACGGUUUUGAAUUCUACUGCUAAUAUUGCUUAUCAAUAUAUUGAAGGGUACAUUGUGUCUAAAGAUGUUGGAAACCCCGGUUAUAAAACUGAAGAUAUUAUAAAGAAAGUAAAUGGUAAACCACAACAGGAGAUUACUUCAUUUUUUGGUAGAAAGGGAAAGAAAGAACAAGUUGAAAUGAAACCUGAGGAAAAACCAACCAAGGCUGAGAAGAAUCCAGUUAAAGCUGAGAAGAAGAAAGAAGAUGAAGAAAAACCAAAGAGAGAAACAAGAGGUAGACCUUCGAAGAAAGAAACUGAAGAAAUGAGAGGAGAUGAAGAAGAAGAGGAAGAAGAACCUAAGAAAGAAACUAGAGGUAGACCAAAGAAAGAAGAAACUGAAGAAGAUCAACCAAAGACAAGAGGUAGACCAUCAAAGAAAGAAACUGAAGAAAAGAGACAAAUAAAAGAAGAACAAGAAGAAGAACAACCAAAGAAAGAAACAAGAGGUAGGCCUCCUAAGUCAGAAACUGAAAAGAAAAAGGGUGCUGAUGAAGAACAAGAAGAACAAGAUUAUCAAGAAGAAGAUUUGGGUCCAGAAGAAGAAGAAGAUAUUAACGAAGAAGAGGAACCUGAAGUAAAAAUAGAGGAAAUGGAGCAAGAAGCAGCAGAGCCAACAGAAGAAGAAUAUAAAGAGAAACAUCCUGGAACCGCAAAAGAAGAAUUAAAAGCACCUGGAAUCAAAGAAGAGGAAGAACCAGAAGAGGACUUAGAAGAACAGGAAUAUCAAGAAGAAGAUUUAAGUGAUCAUGAAGCUGAAGAAGAAGCGGAAGAAGAAGCGGAAGAAGAAGCGGAAGAGGAAUUCGAAGAGGAUGAACCAAAACCAAAAAAAACAGACAGAAAACCAACCAAAAAACAUGCUAAUGAUAAUAAUGAUAAUGAUGAUUCAAUAGCAAAAAGAAUCAGAAGAGAAAGGAAAUAA